AUGCGUUCGACUAAUUAUGAAUUUUCAAAUUCUGGCUCCUUUUGGAGCGCGUUUGGAACAGGAGGAUAUGCAGAUGAACCACCAUUGUUGGAGGAAUUAGGUUUAAACUUUGAACAUAUCAAGACCAAGAGUUUAACUGUCCUCAACCCAUUUCGCACUGUUCCAAGUACUAUUAUGGAUGAUACUGAUCUGGCAGGGCCACUCUUGUUUAUUUUCUUAUUUGGCACCUUUUUACUUUUAUCUCGAAAGGCGCACUUUGGCUAUAUCUACGGUGUGGGCGUCCUUGGCGUGCUAUCGAUUUAUCUCAUCCUGAAUUUGAUGAGUGAGAAUGGUAUUGAUGGAUCUAGAACAGCCAGUGUGCUCGGUUACUGUUUGUUACCCAUGGUCAUGCUCAGUGGACUCAGUGUCUUUCUCAAGUUGGAUACCAUUGUUGGUACUCUUUUAACGAUCAUCAGUAUUCUCUGGUGUACUUAUUCUAGUUCAGGGAUGUUUGUGAGUGUACUUCAUAUGAACGAACAACGGUUUUUGGUUGCUUAUCCCGUAGGCUUGUUUUAUGCUUGCUUUGCUUUAAUGACAUUUUUUUAA